UUCUUACAAAACAUGCAAAGUGAUAUGAAAUAGAUACAAUUACAGUGUUAAGUGUAGAGAAUGGAGUAUAAGCCAGUAGUGUUUGAUCUUCACAUCUGUGGGGCCUGUAGAAAGGAAUUUAAUGACUAUGAGGAAUUUAUCAAGCAUAAAGAGGAAUGUGUUGUUUUAGCAGAGCUUAAAAAACAAAGAAAAUUGUCAAUAAAACCAACUCAGACAACAAUUCAACACACUCUUGCUGCUGAAAGUAACAAUGAAAAUCCAAGAGGAUGCUUACAACAAGAAAGAACUGGAAAUGAAUUACUAAAACCUUCCAUGGAAUCAUUCCCAUAUUACCAAAAUCAGGUGUCCACAAGUGUGACUCACGCAUCUGUCAAUAAUGUCCAGGUACCUGUGCAAUCAGGUCUAUCAGUUUUAAGGGGAAAUUAUAUUGCAACAUCAAGAAACAACAGCAUUGAUAUUCCACAACAUAUCACGAGUGAAUCCAUUCUUCAGCCUCAAUGUGCACAAAAGCCACAGCAUUCAGACAGUGCUCUUCAUGUAGACUACUUAGCAAAGCUGCAGCACGAAACAAUCAGUGGUGGGAAUCUAGUGAGCACACCUGUUGGACAUGAGUAUGCUAGACAGGCUGUGGAGGGGGCUGAUGAGACAAACAGUUCACAGCCAAUGUGCCAGAUUGUUUCAGUAGGCAAUGAGAGAUAUAUUGUAAUAACCAAUACUGGACAGGGAGAUAUCUGUAUACCCAUUGCAGCUGACAACUCAGAGGUCCUAACAAUGCUUCAGAAUUACAUCAAGGACUCCAGUGAACAGGGAACAGUUUUCCUGACUGGUCCCCAGAAGGACACACGUGACACAAAAGAAGGGCAUUCUACAAAUCAAGAGGGACUUUCUUCAUUUCAUACUGCAAUGCAAAACUCCAUGCCUCACUUAUCCCAAGACUUAACUGAUGGGUCAACAAACUACAGAACUUUAAAUCCUAUUCUUGGAAAUACAUUGCCAAAACAGGUCAUAAAAUCUCACCAUGAGCUGGUGAGGAACAACACAGAAAAGAUUCAGAAUUCAUCACAACCAACCAUUCAGAUGCAGUUAGACCAUAAUGCAUCAUUCUCACUGUUGUCUCCCUCUCAAGUGAAUUCUAACAUCCUGUCUGAUCCUUCCCAUAAUCCCACCCAAUCCCAGCAUCACUUGCCUCAAGAAUCUGUUCAGAUUUCAACUGUUGGACUUUCAAAUCAACCUCUUCUGAAUGAAAUUACCUCAGUGACUAUACCAAUUUCAGAAGUCAGUUUAAAUACAGUUUCUUUAACAACCGAUUCUUUUACUCAACUAGCAGUCAACACAGACAUUCACAAUAUUCAAAAGCUCUCCGACAUCCAACUGACACCAAACACUGUUCUCACAUCUCUAGGCAAUUUGAGUAAAUAUUCCAACACAGAUAAUGUAGAGGGUAUAGGGAUACACAAUUUAGAUAACAUGUCGAAAGAUGCUGAUGGACAAGGAAAUGAAAUCCUGACUGAGGGAUCAGUUCAAAACCUGGAAAUGAGCAGUGUGGUGUACAAUGGAGAUAACAGCUUUUCAGUGCAUUUCAAUACCCCCAACAAGCCUGCUGAAGCCAACCAGUCAACAGAAACUCUCCACCUUGAUCCACAAUCAGUGGGUCUUAGUCAAAUGGUAGAGGGUGGAGUGACCACAAGUGGUCAGGCAGUGGAAGGAGGAGUUAACAUGGGGAACCACAUAAUAGGGAAUAGACUCACCAUGGAAAAUCAGAUGGAAAGAGGAGUAAGCAUGCAAAAGCAAGUGGAAAGUGGAGAAAGACUGGGGAAACAAACGGCUGAAGGGAACUUAAAGAACCAGAUACUGGAUAGUGGAGUAAGCAUGGAGAAUCCUGUGAUGAAUGGUGGAGUAAACAUGGAGAGUCAGAUAUUGGAGAGUGGAGUAAGCCUGAUUAAUGAGGAAGAGGUACAGGAGAGCCAGGUAGUAGAAGAGCUCCAUCAGGCCUACCUCAGAACACAGCAAAACAAAGAGAAACAACUACACUUAGCCAAAACAAAACAGACAGACAGGACACCAGAGAAGAAACAAACAGAUAACAGACAGACAGGCAGGUCACUGGAAAAUAAACAGAAGAAUUCUCGUAAGAAGAAAUACAAGUGUAAUAUCCCAAAUUGCACCUUUGUGUCUGCUUACAUGAAGGAUUUGGAACGUCACAUGCGUGUCCACACAGGCGAGAGACCAUACAGCUGUGAACACUGUAAUAAAAGUUUUAGUCGAAUGGACAAGCUCCGCCUCCAUGUCAGGGGCCACACAGGGGAAAAACCAUUCAAGUGUGACAUCUGUAACUACAGAGCAGUGGACAAUGGUAGCAUUAAGAAACACAUGGCAGUGCACAGUGAAGACAAGCCUAUCAAGUGCCAGACCUGUCCGUAUGCUUGUCGUACCACCAGUCAAUUAGUCGUCCAUCUCCGUAAGCACACCGGUGACACCCCUUUCUCUUGUUUGUACUGCAACUCAAAGUUUAAAAUCAAGUCAGACAUGAAGCGACACAUGCGAACCCACACCGGAGAAAAACCAUUUAAAUGUGAACAGUGUGAAUUCAGCUGCUCUGCCAAAAGUAACCUAGUCAGCCAUUACAAUGUUCAUCACUCAGUCUCAAAGAAAACAUGUGAACAUUGUGAUUUUUCUACUUCUUCCAAGAAAUUAUUUUUUGAACACCAGAAAACUCAUUCUACACCAGAUCCAGAAAAUAUAUGCAAGGUCUGUCAGUAUGUUUGUUCCAGCAAGCAAACACUGAAAACUCACAUGGCUAACGCUCAUAACUACAAGCUUUAUGUUUGUAAGGACUGCAACUUCUGCAGCAAAAGUAUGACGAAAGCCAGAUAUCAUUACAAUAACUGCCGAUUACGUAAGAAAUCCAACACAAAUCAGAAAAAGUCCAACAAACGUCGGAUGUCAAGAAAUGAUGAUUCACAGGGAAGAAAAUAUGAAAAGAACUAUGAAUGUGAAAUUUGUCAAGAAGCUUUUGUGAGAAAGGACUCCCUAAACUGUCAUCUAAAACUUCACAGAGAAAGAACUCAGUUAACCUUGUCAACGGCACUGACUGUACUGGAGCUACAACAGCCUGUUAUAAAUAGCACAGCAGUACCGCGUAGUGGGGACCAUAGCUACGAUAUGGAAGUGGUCAAUAUCUCAUCAUCCUUUGGAAAUCGGAUGGAUGAUCACAACUAUGAAAAAGAAGAAGGUAGCAUUUUCUCAUCUUUUAGAAAUCAGAGAGGAGAAAGAUCUUCAGAAAACAAAAGAAGUAGCGACAGAAUUCAUGGAAAAUCCAAUCGAAUUGAUUCACAGCGCAGGCAGAAACCAUCGAAACCAAACAGCACUGGAAUAGCAACACUGGAAAACUUUGAAAAGUGUAAACCAAGCACAAACACUGCUUUGUGCACAUCAAGGAUUCUGGACCAGAGCAAGUUUGGUCAGUUUGAGAAUUACAGAAAUGGUAGUCAGUCCCAGGAAACACCUAAUCACUACCUAGCAAGGGCUUCAGAAGCUUUAUCUACAGUAGGAUCCAGUGGUAAUGAGACUGGUGAACAAAGUAACAAUGUCAAUCAAAAUCAGCAGGAUGAAAUGGCUACCACUGUCAUGUCUAGUUGUGAUCCACAAGUACAGACUCCUAAUAUCCAAGUCAUUCAGAAUAUUACAGUGCCUGUGAUUCAGUUAGACAAUGGACAGUUAGUGGCCAUGCAGCAGGUAGGGAAUGCUGUGGACCAGGUUUUCUCUCUGACUCCGGUAGCAGUCAAUCAGCUGAUGGGUACUUCUGAAACCACUGGUCAAAGUGGAGCCAGUUCUAAUAUAUCUGCUGAUGGACUGGUUCAGAUAUUUUCACCAAAUUCUAAUUCAUAUAUUUCAAUCCUGCCACAGUCAGUAAUUCAACAAAACCCAAAACAGGCAACUGAAACACUGGGAUCAAGUUCUAUUCCUCACUCUUCUGAAAAUCAAAGUCUUGCUUUACAGGGAAACAUAGCCCAGUCCUUUGAAUCACAUCAAACAAAAGUCCAAACCAGCUCCAGCAUACUGACUGCUCUCCAUAGCUCCACAACAGCUAACAUCACAGAAUCAUCCAUUUCCUCUACAAGCUCUACAUACAAACACAAGGAUACCCUGAGGAGCCAACAUUCCUGUGAAAAGGAGGACAGUUCCUCUCAGAUUGAUGUACAAAGUAUAGAACUUGAUGAGACGAGUUAUGAUUUUAACCUUCAGGAUAGUGAUCUGGUUACCAAGGAGACCAUACAGGGUCGGCAGCUUGAUCUGUGAACUUUGUUACUCUUUAUUCAAAAUUUACAUGUGAUUACAGUGUAUUAUCUUUUUAUUUAUGUUAUAAAUAUGUGUGUUAUUUCUGUAAAAUGUCUGUUAUAAAAUCUUAUAAUGGUGAGGUCUUAAUUCUAGUAAUAGAUUUCUGCCGCCGAUAAAUUAUUUGUUUAUAUCUUACACAUGCUAUAUGCAUGAAUUAUGUAUUACUGAAUUUAUAAGAACUGAAAAUGAUAGACAUUCACAUUAGGUAGUUUAUACAUUGAAUUUGCUUCCAUAGUCCUUUUUUUACUAUGCACAAUACA